AUGGCGCCGGCGCGGCCCGACGACUCCAGAGUGAAGAAGCAGUUCGGCUUUCCGCUCUUCUGCGGCGCAUGGGCGCCCACGAAGGGUCCUACGGCGGGCGCGCAGGGCGAGGAGGGGCUGGUGGUGCUGGCGGGGGGCGGCGGCGCGGGGCGGCACGGCAUCAAGAGCAAGAUCAUCGCGUGCAAAUACAGCUUCGCGGCCGAUGAGCUCUCGGAGGUGACGCGCCUCAAUAUCACUACUCAUCGUUCCCCUUCCCUCCCCUUCCACAUCAUUGCGCCGCUCUGCACCGCGCUGCACCACCACGCGUGGCAGGUGUUCAGCUUGUCAACGGGCGUCAACCCCGCGUUCAAGAUCACCGCCCACCCCAACGGCGACGGGCUCAUCGCUGCCUUCGCUGACGCCUGCCGUCUCUUCCAAGUGACGCCAGGGGAGGGCGAGGGUGGCACAGCGGGCAAGGCAGAGGAAGUGGAGGGGAAGGAGGGAGGCGCAGGGGCGGAGAGGGGAGGGGAGGUGGUUGCGGCGAGAAGGGGGAGCGAGGAGGCGGUGCCUCUGGCGCAGCUGCAGCUGGUGCCGAUCUAUGUGCGCCUCAAAUGGCUGGGACCACGGGAGGAGGAGGAGGAGGAGGGGGAGGAAAAAGGGGAGGGAGUUGGGGGAGAAGGGGAAGGGGCGGGCGAGGGGGGCAACGGGAAUGGGGGAAAGGAUGAGGGGGAGAAAGGGGAGAAAAAGGGGAAAGGGGAGGAAGGGGAGACGGCAGCGGAGGUGAAGUGUUUGCUGUUCAGUGCGGAUGGGUGCAGAGUGGUGGCGGGGAGUGAGGAUGGGCGUGUGCGCGUGUUUGAGUGGCCCAGCAUGGACGUGCUGAUGGACGUGCCUCGUGCCCACACCUCCUCCCUCAGAGAUGCGGAUAUUAACCUGGAAAGCUCACUGGUGGCCACCACGGCAGACACGGGCCCUCUGAGGGUGUGGAGCGUGCGCAAGGGGACAGCACUUGCCACCCUCUCCAUUGCUGAGGGAGGGGCGCGCUUUGGGCUGUGCCGUUUCUCCCGCGACCCCAGCAAGCCGCUGCUCUACUCCACCUGCGUUAAGGGCGGCAAGGGGUGGGUGGUGGUGUGGGAGACGGCAGCAUGGAAGCGGGUGGCAGUGAGGAAGAUCCACAACGACCCCAUCUCCGCCUUUGCUAUCAGCCCCGACUCCUCUCUGCUUGCCACGGGCACACCAGAGGGGAAUGUGUUCAUAGUGGAUGCGCGCACGCUGAGUGUGAGGCAGAGAGUGGUGGGGGCGCACCUGGUCUUUGUCACGGCGCUCGACUUCUCGCCCAACUCCAGGGCAUUGCUGUCAGUGUCGGGUGACUCCAGUGCGCGUGUCACGGCUGUUGCUGCCAAGCCCGCCGGCCAAGGCUGGGUAACUUGCCUCAUACUCACAGCCCUCGCCCUGCUCGCCAUCGCGCUCCUCCUCUCCGCUUCAGACCUCCUGCUGCUCCUCCUCGGCCCAGACAUCGCCGCCCAAGUGCAACUGUUCAUCGACCGCCUAGUGGGUCCAAUCCUUGCCGCCCAGCUGCAAGCCAUCGCCAGCCGGUUCCUCGGUCCGGACGUUGCCGCCCACCUGCGAGCGCUCUUGCUGCGCCUUCAAGGGCUCUUGGUGGCACAGCGGCAAGGGUGA